CUCUGUGUGCUCUGUGUGUGUAAAUAUCUUCUGUAAUUGGGAAGAGCAGCUGUGAGGCUGCAUAGGGCACAGACAAGCUGAUAUUUUGUACCGUGUCACCUACCGUGGCAAUGUUUUUAUAUUGGACUCUUUUUCUUUAUCUUGCCUUGCACUGUUGUAGCUGUGAGAAACAUCCAAAUGCAACUAAGACCACCCUCAGUCACAAGAGAUGCAGGAGAUCCGUGGCAAGUCCCCCGCAACCUGUUGACUGUGAUUUUUCCAGCUGGUCAGACUGGAGCUCAUGUGACCCAUGUCAGAAAAAGAGAUUCCGUUUUGCAAAAUUAACACAAGCUUCCCAAUUUGGUGGGGAACCCUGCAAUAGAAUAGACAGGCAAGAGGAAGUGUGUGCUACUAGAAGCCCUUGUAGGAACACAAAGAAAUGUGAAGGUUUCCAGUGUACAGAAACAGGGAGGUGCAUUGUGCGGAGACUGUUGUGUAAUGGGGAUGAUGAUUGUGGAGAUUUAUCUGAUGAGAAAAACUGUAAAUCAGUUCCAAGCUCUUGUUCUGAUGACAUGGAACAGUACUGGGGCAUAGAAAAUCUUGCAAGUGGGAUUAAUUUGUUUACAAAUAGUCGUGAAGGAUUUGUUUUAGAUCACAGAUACUAUGCUGGGGGCUGCUCUCCUCAUUACAUUCUGAACACAAAGUUUAGAAAACCCUAUAAUGUGGAAAACUUCAUUCCAGAAAGCAAAGGAAAAUAUGAGUUCUCACUAUCCGAACAUGAAUCUUACUCAGACUAUGAAAGGAGUUUCCUCAGUGGACAUGCAAAACAAACUAGUUUUGGUAUUGGCUUAAAAAUACCAGGACUGUUUGAAAUUGGCUUUAAUUAUAAUGAUAUGAAAGUCAAAACAUUUAUGGAAAGAAUUAAGAGAUUCUCCCACACGAAAAGCAAAUUUCUUUCUGCAAGGUCUACUCUCCAAGUUGCUCAGUACAAGUUAAAAUCCCGCAACCUGAUGCUGCAUACAGAGUUUUUUCAGAGAGUCAAACAGUUGCCAUUGCAAUAUGUUUAUGGUGAAUACAGAGAUCUCUUCAGAGAUUAUGGAACACAUUUUAUCACAGAAGCUACAUUAGGAGGAAUAUAUGAAUACACACUCAUUCUUAACAAUGAAAAGCUAAAGAAAGAAGGUUAUUCGUUAAAUGAUGUACAGAAAUGUGCGCAAGCAGGAUUUAAAAUUGGAGCCAAUAUUGAGGGUAUAUGGCUAAGCGCUGGUAUGUCUGCUGGAGCCUGCAGUGGUUUGCUGAAGGAAAUUGGAGAAAAGAUAUCAUCUGAUAAGCUGGUAGAGGAUUUUGUUGCUCUUGUCAGAGGAGGAGCCAGUGAACAAAUUACAACUCUUGCUUACAAAGAUCUUCCAACACAAGAUCUAAUGCAGGAGUGGGGGGAUGCAGUUUAUUAUAAUCCUGACAUCAUUAACAUAAAGUCAAGUCCUUUGUAUGAGUUGGUGACUGCCGCAGACUUUACUGGAGCUAACAUUCUUCAGGAAAACAUGAAGCUCGCACUUGAGGAAUUCCAGGCUGAAACUAGUUCUUGCCGCUGUGUUCCAUGUCAAAAUAAUGGGUUAGCAGUUUUCAUAGAAAAUCGCUGUGAAUGCAUUUGCCCACUAGGGUUCACUGGCAUGGCAUGUGAAAUCACAAAAAGACCAGUAAAUGUCAUAGACGGAAGCUGGAGUUGUUGGUCUAGUUGGACACCCUGCUCCAGAAGAAUACAGACAAGGGACAGACAGUGCAACAACCCAUCCCCACAAAAUGGUGGCAACCAGUGUGAAGGAACAAAUACUGACACAAGAAAUUGCUAAUGCAUUUGAGAUCACAAGCUGAUACAAGGGAACAAAAGCAUACUGCUUCUCUGUGAAUUUUUCAGUUUGUCAUAAAUUGAAACUAUACCAUAACAUUUUCCUUGUACAUUGUGCCUAGGGGAUGCUUGUGCUGCAUUUUAUUUUUUUGUCUCUCUAUGAAUAAACCUAUAGGGUUGCUACUUUAUAUGCAGUCCCUAUGUAAUACAAUAUUAGAUUGUCUCACACCACUCUGUCUUGGGUACUGUACUACACCCCUAAUGGCUUCUAGUAAGAUGAACAACAGGAUGGCUAUGGUAGAAAAAGCUAAGUAUGUGGUCAACCAAUCUGAGGGAGUCACAGUUUAGUCAAGGCUAAACCUGCAAGGUUAGCCCAUUACACCUUCAUAUGAGCUAAAUUAAACAAAAUAAGAAGGAAAUACGUAUUGAGAAAAUGGAAACAAAAUAUUUAGGUACAAUUGCUAUUUCAAGUUAGUUUGGCAAACACUAAUUUUGUGAUAGGUAUAUAGGGUGAGGAAAUAUGGCUUCCUAAAUAAACUUUUAUAGACUUUU